CAGGAAGAGGAAACAAUAGGUUAGCAGCCACCAGAGCUACCCGCCUUGUGGAUGUAUCUGCUGUAUGAAACAAGUUCUAGCAGCCAACCGGCGGAGUCAUUUCAUUAGUAAUCUGAAAUGUAUUCCAGUGUGUUGUUCUCUUAGCGCAGGCCAUGUUUCCGUGCAGCGGAUAGGGAGAUCUGUGUGGAAUGGGAAAGCAGAGGCUGAUAUCUGAUCUGCUCCCUGUCUGUCUCUCUGUACUUUGACACAAUGCCAUGGGGAACUGCUGGACUCAGUGCACUGGGGUAUUCAGGAGAGAGGCGAACAGGAUCCAGAGAGGAGGAGGGUCUAAGUACUUCAGAAGUGGCACAACUGGAGAGCACUAUACAAUAGAGUUUGAGAACCUUGUAGAAAGCGAUGAGGGUGAGAGUUCCCAGAGUUGUGCCAGGCCCAUCAGUGAGGAGGAGAUUGGCCAUCUGAAGGAACAGCAUUAUGCUGCUAUUGCCGAUAAGCAGACACUGAUCGAUGAGAAGCUGAAUGCAGAGUUAGUGGCACAAGAGGAGAAGUUAAGGCUAGAAGAGGAGGCUAUAGUCGCAGCUCAGCGCGAGGCUGCGAGGCUCGCAAGGGAGCGAAAACUAAAGGAGCAGCUUGCACAGAAGAAAAGCGAGGCAGAGGGCAGCAGCUCACAUCUCAAACACAAGCCAUCGGGAGGAGACUUCGAAGCAUACCUGCAGAAUGUGAAGGCUCAGUCAGAGGCAUUCCGCAGUAGCCGACUGUCCUCAGAGACAAAUCUGGUGACUCCUAACACAGAGAGCAGCUGGGAUUUCACCUGCAGGACUCGCUCCACUAAUGAUGAUGCCACCUCGCUUGACCUCGAGUGGGAGGAUGAGGAGGGUAUGAAUCGGACGGGUGCUGCGUGGGAGCGCUCUAAGACAGAGGAGGACAUCCUGCGAGCUGCACUCGGUCCUGCUGGUAAAGCGCUGGGCAGUGGGCCAGCCUCUGCUUCUGAGGACUCCAACGCUCUGGAAUGGGAGAAUGACUUUGUCAGUGCACAUGCUGAAGACAGUAGUGAGCAAUGUGACGAGGAGUUCGAGGGAUUUGUUAACCCAGUACUGGACACUCCAUCUGAGGGAGAGCCUAAUUCUGACCAGCAGGACAGAUAAUCCCAGGCAGAAGUAUAGAAGUUGUGUUGAGUCUAUCACUUCACCCUGAUAUAUUCUGUAUGUUUUUCAUUUAGCUUUAUUUAAGAGUCAGAUUGAAUCAAGUGCAAUUUUUAAAAUUCUGGGCUGUUGCAGAAAUGUUUUAGGGAUGCGUAUGAGGUUAACAUACAUGUUUGUAAUUUAGUCAUCGUAAUUCAUUCAACUUUUUCUUUUCUUCGUCCUUUUUUUUUUUUUUUUGCCUUUAUCUUUACAGAACGAGAUCAUGAACGCAGUGGUAUACCAGGCCUACCUCAUUAAAAUCGAGCAGGGGUACAGCAAUGCUAAAUGUUGUAAUUUUUUGUAGCUUGCUUAAGCAAACUGGUGCCUGAUAUAUCCCAGUCAUCCACUCAGCAUCAUGCUGUCUUUUUCACAUUGCAGCAAAGUAUAGACUGAAGUACAUAGAAAUGCAUUGGAAAAUGAAGGGGGGGAUUCUCCCUGUGUCCAGUAUCUCUUUUCAUCAGCAUUCAUGAUCUACAAAUCUUGUAUAGCUUAAAAAAAAAAAAAAAAAAAAUACAGGCUCCAAGUAUAUAGUUGCAACUUCUAAAAAUGCCUCAAUAACACCCUGUUUGUGAAAAUGUAAUGCAUACACAAGUGCUUUUAAAGUGUGACAUGUACAUAGGCAACACCUUCGAGUUGCUUGAUUUGUCUUUAUACCAAAUUCUGAUGAAAAAAAAACAUGAUUCACAUCUAUAUUUUGGACAUAUAAGUAGUUAGUUGUUUCUUGCCCAAUUCUACACAUUAUUGAAAUAAUUUUAAAAUAUGUUUACAAGCCGGAAUGCACUAUCUUAGAUCACUUGAUAAUUAAUGACAAACAACUGCCGUUAAUGUUUCGCAUGUCUGUACAAAAAAAACUACAGGUGCAAGGUGUAAUGAAAUGUGUAACUAUUGGGUCUCUAUAGUGACAAAAUUUAAUCUGAUUUAUUAAUGAAUUGUGGUGAGAAAGGAUUCUAUUGUUUGGCCCAUGCAUAUGAAUAUACAAGACCAUUUUACCAUGUUUAAAAAGGAAUAUACUUUUAUUUUUAAACAGGUUUAAACUAUUUUGUGCCUAAUUGUGACACACUGCACACUACCCACACUUCACCUUGGGUUAACAGUGGAUUUAGAGCUUUAAUGUUUUCUUUUUAAUGAAAGGAUUGGUGUAAUUAACUAAGCCAUCCCAUAGUUAAUUUUUUUAUAGUCAUUGCCACUGGUUUGUGUAAAUAGACUGCUAUUAGAGUGUGUGGCAUUAAAAUCUUUUUGUAGCAUUCCAAACAUUAACUCUUUAAAUGUGAAGAGCUCAUAGAAUUGCACAUUUUUGUUCAUCUACAUAAAAGAGCACAUUUUAUAUCUCUCUGCAAAUCUCACUGAUUGUGAAAACAUAGAGGACAAACAUCAAAUACACCCGAUACCCCUAAUAUACCUGUAGUUUGGGGAAUUCUGUCCUCUUGCAGUUUGAAUGCUAAUAAAAACAAACCAGAUCCGAAA